UUACAUGAGUCAUAUGAGUCAUCAAAUUCCGAUGAUGUCACGUGAAACUAACCUUUGUGUGGAGCGUCAACAAGCUGGUUUAAUUUGUGAGACAUGUGAGUUGUUGGCAACUUGUGUCAAAAUGUCCCAUGGCUAUCUCACAGUUCCUGUUGAAACGUGUGAUACCGAAAAAGGAUUCUAUUGUAAUGUGAACCUUGGAGCUUGUUCUAAUGUCACCGGACCAUGUCAUCCAUUUGGAUAUGAGGGAAAUUUUGUGUGCACUUCGCAAGGAGUUUUUCCUGAUCCUUAUGAUUGUCAAAAGUAUCACAUGUGCUAUGUCGCUGGAACGACAUUAGUUUCAGCAAAUAUCGAAUGUGGUGGCGACAAAGCUUACAAUGUCGAAACUGGAGAAUGUACUUUAUCGAUCACAGAUGAAGUGUGCAAUUUAAUGCAGUAUGAAUGUCCUCGUGUGGGGCAUUCAGCUGCCUGGCCAAAUAACAAAAAUUUAUUUUAUAUCUGCAAAGCUACUACGAAUGAUGAAACACGAGUUUUAUAUCCCACACUUUAUCGUUGUGGUGCGAACGAAGUUUUCGAUGGAGUUGAUUGUGUGGCAGAGGAAAAUGCUGGAAGUGCUAAACCUGUCACAGUUAAACCAACUAGACCAUCUGGAAGUAUUAAUAACUCGGUAACUGUUUUGCCAACAACCAGUUCUGAUUUAGAAUGUACUAAGGCGGGACUUUUAGCUGAUCCCGAAGAUUGCCGAUCUUACUAUUAUUGUUCUGGGAUACGAGGAACUAAGAAACGUACAACUUGCCCUCAAGGAACUUAUUUCAAUACAGGUGUAGCGUCGUGUACAAUUGGUAGUUGUUAAAAAUUAUUACUUUAUAAAGUUUUGACU